CUGAUUCACUUCCUACAAGCUGCAUCUUCUCCUUUUCUCUUUUCUCCAGCCGUUCUAGGCGUCAUUCUUUAGGAGCUCAUCAAUUAUCUGUAUCUUUUUACUUUUUAACCUUUUUUUUGUAGGAUGCCCUGAAAUCCUUCCUCUGAUUCCUUCCGCUUGUCCUUGGUUGUGGUGGGAUUAUUUCCAACUAUGGGGACAACCACCGUCAGCCCAUCACGGCGCAAACAGAUCCUUAAAGUCCUCUUUAUAUCCCUCCUCCUUGACUUGGUCUCCUUCACUUUCAUCCUCCCCCUCUUCCCCUCCCUCCUAACCUUCUACUUGAACCGCGACCCUUCACCAACCUCCCUUCUCCACCGUAUCCUGCAUUACCUAAAUGCAUACAAAAAUUCCUUUGCCCGCCCCAUCGACUCGCGCUACGACAUCGUCCUCCUCGGCGGAGCCUUGGGUUCUCUCUUCUCCCUCCUCCAAGCCAUUGCGGCCCCCUUCAUCGGCCGCCUAUCUGACAACCAUGGCCGACGCACCGCCCUCCUCUGCUCUAUGGCGGGUAACAUCGCCAGUGUCGCGCUGUGGGUAGCUGCGACGGACUUCCGGACGUUUCUGGGUAGUCGGAUUAUCGGAGGUCUUAGUGAAGGGAAUGUGCAGAUUGCGAAUGCUAUUGCGACGGAUAUCAGCGACGAGGGACAGAGGGGCGCGACAAUGGCACUUGUGGGCGUGUGUUUUAGUGUUGCAUUUACGUUUGGGCCGGCGAUGGGAGCCGCGUUGGCGGGGAUUACCACCGUGACAGAAAAUCCGUUCGCAACCGCGGCGGGCUGUUCGUUACUCCUUAUUGUAGUGGAGACGGUCUAUCUAUACUUCUAUCUGCCGGAAACGCAUCCGCGAUUUGCGAAAAUUCGGAAGGAUGUGCAUUCUUCUACCUCUACUCCCGCUGUUGCGACUUCUGUUGGUGACAAAUUGGACAAGAAUAAUCUAAAAGCGGAGCAGAAACCAUCCACUACUAUCAAAGUCACGGCAACGCCAAAAAACUACACCAACCCCCCAAUCCUCCUAAACCUAACCCACUUCCUCUUCCUCCUCCCUUUCUCCGGCCUUGAAUUCUCACUCCCUUUCUUAACUACCACUCUCUACGCAUCCACGAACUCUUCGGUUUCCCCUUCUGCCCAAAAUGGUCGUCUCCUCUCCGUCAUGGGCCUCCUCGCCUCCCUCCUCCAGGGCACGUUAGUUCGCCGCCUCCCCCCGCUACUAACCGUCCGCAUUGGCGUCACUGCCUGCGCUCUCUCUUUCUUCAUCUUAUCGCGUGUCUCUACCGUAUCAGGUCUAUACGGCGCCGGGUGCCUGCUGGCAGUCACCAGUGCCACAGUGGUCACGGGCUUGAAUAGUCUGGGAAGCCUAGAGGCUAGCGAGGGUGAGCGGGGAGUGUUUUUGGGCAGGCUGAGGAGUUGGGGCCAGGCAGGGAGGGCGUCAGGCCCGGUUGUCUUUUGUACGUUGUUUUGGUGGGCAGGGAGGGAGGUAGCAUAUAUGGUUGGCGGAGUAGGGAUGUUGGGCGUUUGUGCACUUGUUUUUGGGUGUUUGAGAACACCCGUCACCUCAAAAAUAUGAGAUGAACCAGUUUGCGGGCAUAUUUUUGAUAUAUAUUUUUGGCAAGGGAAGGAAAAAGGAUAUAUACACUUCUCUCUUGGUUUGGGAUUUUGCGUUCGUUGCAUAUGAGGUGUCGAAGGUGCUUAAAGCCUGAUAAAAAUGGAGGGAGGCCCUCAUGUUCAUGUCACAUUUUGUAUUUCUUUUUGACUUUCUCGGGCUUGUGAAUUCAUUCUGUUCACCUUUGGUUUGGCUUGAAAAUACUGAAAAAGGACACAUACACUGCAUUGAUUAUACCUCACGGGUUUGUUUUAAUAGUUGACUGUUAUGGGGAUAAUGGGCAGCGGGAUAAAAUAGGCAAUAGGAAAAGGGGGGAUCCAAACAUGGUACCAAUAUAGCCUUUCCUAGUUUUAGCUUAUCUACAGCUACUUAGGCAACUGUGUCGGUUUUUUAUGAACAUGAAAUUGAUUCAUCAUGGCU